GCCUGAAGAUAAGAAAUCUUUGAAUUUCAAGCUGCUGCCUAAGAAACCAGCGCGUGUAAUGUAUGAGUCUUUAACAAGGCUGUAUGAGAAAUCUAGCCAGUCCAAUGCAUUGAGAAGUGAUGACGUUGACGAGUUUUCUGCAGCGUUGACACAUAGUGAUCAGGACUUCAAACGGAAGAAACAAAUUACUCAGUUAGAGCUUGCCAUCCAAGAAGUAUUCCUGAGAUUCACAGCCAGCAUGCUCAAGGAUUACAAGAGCUUCCUCAACCCCAUCAUGAAAGCUCCUAACAAACGAGCCACAGAUGCCUCCUCAUUGUUCGACAUGCAAGGCUUCCUGAAGAGUCGGGACAAAGCCAACACCAAAUUCUUCCAGCAGCUAAUGCACACUCAGAUGUUUUUUAGAUUUAUCGAAGUCAGGUCAUUUAUGUCAGACAAAGAUGCUGGUCUCACUUUUUUUGAUGAAUGCACAGAAAAGGUUGAUGAAAUGAAAGAUGAGCCACGGUUGCUAGAAAUUGAUAAUUCUCAAGCAAGUGAAAGGACCGUUUUCAUCAUGCCCCCUGAGCCUGUUGGUUUACCUGAGGGUGUCAAAUACAGCUAUAACGGAUUUCCAGAGUUGAAGUCAGAACUAUUUCUGUCAAAGAAGAAAAGUUUCAUUGCUCUGCCAUCUAAGCAGCAGUGUCCCAGCAGCCCACUGGCUCGGCGAACCAAACAGGAGGUCAAAUCUGCACAGAAGAUAGCAAUGCAACAAGUGGGAAAUCCAAAAGCAUGGGCAAAGUGCCUGCUUAGUUACUGCUACAGCCUGUGGUUUGUGGUAUUCCCUGCCUUUGUACAAUCACACCCCAAGAAAACUGAAGCUCUGAAGAUUGGCUUAGCAGUUCUGUACAAAAUGCAAGCAGCAAAGCUCAUGACUAUUGAUGAGCUGUGUUACCGUGUCCUGAUGCAGCUGGCUGGUCAGUAUAACAAGCCAGGCAUGGCUGUUCAAGUAUUCUCUCAGAUGAAGAAACAUGGAAUCCACCCCAAUGCCAUCACAUAUGGUUACUACAACAGGGUUAUGUUGGAAGCAAAGUGGCCAUCUCCAAAGUCGAAAGGUCACUUGAGAUGGUUGAAGAUUCGUAAUGUUAUCAUUGGGAUUGCUCACUUCAGACGUGCAAUCAGACGCAGGAGCAUGUCCAUCUACUCCAACUCUGGAAGUGAAUUUGACCGGAUCAGCCACGCUAGUGUUGAUAGUUACCUCACUGAAGCUCAGAUCGGAGCAACAAAGACUGAAGCUGCAGAUGUCAGUCCCAUAUUGUUGCCUAAAGAUAGCAUCACUCCAGUGGAAGAUGGUCUGAGCAAGAAUAGCAGUAGCCUGGAGGAGCGAAUGAGUACAGGUGGUGUGUCAGAUAGGGGCUACAACUCUAUGACAAAAGAAGACGUGAAACGUUUGUCUCAGAGUGCUGUGUCGGCCGAUGAGAAUGGUAGUGCCUCUUCAUCGGCUGCUAGUGAAAACUCUGACAGACCUGGCAAGUCAAAACCAGACUCCUGGAAUCCUAUGAACUUUAGUUUUUUGUAUAGUGGCAGCAACAGCAACAAAUCAUCAGCAAAGUUGAAAAAAGGGAGCAUUGUGAAACGAUCUUUCAGUACUCCUGCCAGUAACAAAGAUGAUUUUGAGAUGCUCAGAGGUUCCUUGUGUAAUAACCAAUGCCUGCGGACUGGUAUUCUAAGUGAAGCCAGCCUGAAGAGGAACUCCUUCAUCUUCCCUGAUUCAGACUUGCAACUGCAAGUGGAGGAAGCCAAACGGCGCAGGCAUCGUAGUGCUAGUGCUGGGGAGGACCAGACCAAACCUGCUCGUUCCAUGAGCUUGUUUGCCAGCUGGAGGUCACCAAAAUCUACAGCAGCUGCUGAUGUCGUUAGUGAUGCAGAUGACAAAUCAAAGCUGACAUUUCGAUACUCAGAUUUGAUAAAAAAUGAAGAACUAGACAUUUUGAAUUUAAGCGAGUCAAAUGUUGUGAAAGGUACAGAAGGUGUUUCAGGGGAUGGCACCAGCUCAGAUUUGUGUACCACUAGAUCUGUUGUGCAAUCUAUUGUUGAGAAUGAACCAGAUGUAAGCAGGCCUGUUUCUGGCCAAUCCUCUGAUACAGUCAGAUUAGAGAGCCUACAUCACCUAUCAGCGAUGUCUUCAGAACCCUGCCUUUCUAGUCAUGUUCAGACCAAUGCAGCUAGUGAUAACCGGCCAGGGGUCACAUUAGAGCCUGAUUCUCUAUCAGGAAGUUUUAACACAGACUCAAAGAACACUUGUGACUCUUUAUCCAUUGUCAUAGUAGCAAAAUCUGGCACCUCUAGUCAUGGAACAUUGUUACAAGACUCAUCUGGGCAGGCAGCACAUGCCAUUCUGGACAGUAAAGGUCACAGUUGCAAUAAUUCAUCUUCCGAUAGAGUAGAAAACCUGGAAACAAAACAAAGUAAUGACAUUGUUUAUCGUGAAAGAAUUGGAGAUAACUCUGUCACCAUUUUAGACAGGUCUGACAUCCGACGCUCAGUUUCUAUCUCCGAGGACAAGCUCAGUGAUCAGCACUUCAGUGAAAACACUGUCAAACCAUCCAUUGGUGGGUCAAGCCACACUUUAAGUUCUCCUGGUGGUGACUUGCCAGUGGAGAUCCGAAAUCCAUCCAAACAAAUUGCAGAGGAUGCCCAGUCUGUGAGCUCUCUCACAGAUAAUAAAAAAGAUAGGCCUGCUGACUUUAUGCUAAAAAGGACGCAGAGUCUUAAAAGAACAAAUGAAGCAAUAGGGAGCUACUUAAAAUGGGCAUCUCGGGCUGCAUUUACAAAAUUGAACGAGUUGAAAGAGACUAUAACAACACCAUUAAGGAAUGGAUCUCUGGGGUCUCUGGGUUCCCUAAGUUCUCUGACCCAUUCUGUUGAGGAACUAGAUGUUAAUGAUGGCAGCAGUACAAGUGGAACCAUCCGUGAACGUUUGCCACAUAGAGGUAGCCAGGACCUGCUGAGUCACAGUGAGGAAAGUGAAACGGAGGAAACAAAGAAACGAUUGUCCAGCUUGUCUUUUGAGAGUGUGCCUUCUCCAUCUUACUUGGAUGACUACAGUUGCUUAAGGGAAGGUCCCAGUAAUGGAGUAGGCCCAUUGACAGAUAAGACGGUGGCUUUGGAGGUUGAGAUCAGCUCAUGCUCGCGUUGUACAGGGUGUAAUCAUCUGAUAUAUGACGAGGAGAUCAUGGCUGGCUGGUCGGCGGAGGAUUCUAAUCUUAACACCAGUUGCCCUUAUUGUCAAGCCAAGUUUGUUCCACAUCUGCAAAUUUACAUCAAGGACUGGAGAGGAGAAGCAAACCCAGUUGUGUUCAGCACCGAACAUGGCUGUACAAUGACUGAAAAGUUGCUUGCCAGAGGCAGUCAACAGCUGGCAUUGCAUAAAGAUAUUCAGAUUACAGCAGAAGCAAAUGAGAGAACACAAAGCCCAUUAGAGAAAGGGGACUUGCCGUUAACCUUAGAGGAAGCUUCUAAAAUGUCGCUGAGGCGAUGUACAAGCGAGUGUUUGACAAUGGCCACUGAUGAUCUGCUGCCGACGAGGGCUUACAUGGAUGGUCAUGCUCAAAGUUCCCGGCGUUCACCGCUGACUCUGUCCAUAGAGGGAGAAAAGGAUUCACCUAAUCCACUUGUGCUGGCAGAUUCAUAUAGUGUGAAAAAGGAGUUCAUGAUAAGGUCAUCGUCAUCAUCUGAACCAAUCGUGGUCCCUUAUCUAAGUCCGUUGGUGUUACGAAAGGAGGUGGAGUAUGUUAUCGACCACGAGGGAAACAGCUCCUUGGCCUCUGAUACCUUCGUGGAGGAACACCCCAUCAUAUACUGGAACUUGGUUCGAAUGAAUUAA